AUGAUUCACGAUGUGAAUGGAAUCAAGUCCUUUUCCAGGGAAGACCCGAGUCAACUGCCCAAUGAAGUCGAGAAAACAUUUUCAAAGAGACGAAAUGUCUAUAAAACUGUUGAGGUUUCUCCGAUCAAGUUAGAACUUGGAAAUCAGAUUGAGUUCAUUCAAGGGUCCGCUUCGCGUGCACCUCACGCCUAUCCCAGGACUGAAUUAUGGAAGCUCGACCCAAGGAACCGAGCUUCCAUGAACUGCUGUUUGUGGGAUGGCGUCGGGUGUGAUGAGGAAACGGGUUGGGUGAUAGAAUUGGACCUCAGCAGUAGCUGUCUCUAUGGCUCUAUUGACUCGAGUACUAGUCUCUUUAAGCUAGCCCACCUCCAGAGGCUAAGCCUUGCAGACAAUGACUUUAACAGGUCACGAAUUCUGUCUGGGUUUGGGUGCCUUUCUGGCUUAACCCAUCUUGACCUCUCUGGCUCAUCAUUUUCUGGCCAAGUGCUCAACCUGAGUUACGUGGACAUAUCAUCAGAAGUGCCCGGGAGCAUUGCUAACUUGUCUUCUCUGAGGACGCUGAUCUUAGACUCGAGUGGGGGGAUCCUGCCUGAGUUCAACUUGACCAGUCCCCUCUGGAAGCUAAAGUUGUCCGAAACGAACUUUUCUGGAGAGCUAAUGGCUACGGUUGGUAAUCUUCAAUCACUGGUCUCACUGGAAUUAGAUUUUGCCCCAUUUGGUGGGUCAUUGCCUGACUCCAUUGGAAAACUCCGUUCCCUGAGCUAUCUAAGCCUGCAAUCUUGCCAUUUCUCAGGGCCAAUCCCGUCAUCCUUCGGUAACCUUACCAAGCUCACCCACCUAAACCUCAUGUGGAACCAUUUCACGGGCCCAUUACCAACUUCUAUUGGAAAGCUUUAUCCCCUGAAGUUCAUAAGUAUAGACUCCUGCGGAUUCUCAGGGUCACUCCCAUAUUCCAUCGGUAAUCUUACCGAGCUCAACUACUUAGUCGUGAGAGGGAACCAGUUCAGUGGGCAAUUGCCGAGUUCAGUUGGGGACCUUCGUUCACUGAACUUCCUAGACAUAGGGUCGUGCAAUUUCUCAGGAUCCAUCCCCCAGUCGUUCGGUAACCUUACUGAGCUUAUUUACUUGGAUGUUGGACGAAACCAGUACAAAGCUCAAACACUUGAUUCAUUGUCCUGGCUUUGGAAGCUGAUCAAUCUAGACGGUUUGAACCUCGACGAAAUGAAUUUACAAGGUGAAAUCCCGUCUUCGAUUGGAAAUCUGUCCCAACUUAGCUAUUUGUCAAUGCUGAAUAAUCAGCUAAAGGGCCAAAUAUUACCUCAGCUAAUGAACCUCAGCCAGCUUUCUGUUCUGUCCCUGGCGGACAAUGAACUCUCGGGUAAUAUCCCAUCUUUGUUGAUGAAUUUGACCAAACUAACCAACCUUUAUCUCUCGAACAAUAAGUUGGAUGGCCCAAUAUUGCCUUCAGUCUCUCAACUCCAAAAUCUCCAGGCCCUUCGCCUUUCUGGGAAUAAUUUGAGUGGAACUAUAGACCUUGAUAUCUUUCUUCAGCUCAAAAAAUUGGACAUGUUAAUAUUAUCGGGGAACAAGCUCUCAUGCCUUCCUGGAAAGGAAGCAGAUGUCACUCUCCCUCAAUUCAGAUAUCUCAAGUUGGCUUCGUGCAAUCUGAGUGAGCUUCCGAGUUUCCUUAGAAAUCAAGAGCAGCUGAUCGCCUUGGACCUGUCUAACAACAACAUAUAUGGAGAUAUACCCCCCUGGGUAUUGAACAUGAGUGUGAAUUCUCUUUGUUACAUGAACCUUUCACAUAAUUUCCUGACAGGACUUGGUCAGAACCCGGUAGUCUUUAACUGGAGACGUCUGGAAACUAUAGAUCUUGCAUCGAACAUGCUGCAAGGAUCAGUCCCAGUUCCACCUCCAUCAAUGCGGUCAUACUUAAUCUCUGACAACAUGUUGAUGGGGCGAUUUCCAGAAUUGAUUUGCAAUUUGAGUUCUUUAGAUAUACUUGACUUGUCAUUCAAUUUCCUCGGUGGAGUACUCCCGAGUUGCCUGGGCAAUACCGGUGGCUCUUUCUCAAUAUUGAACCUUGGAAGCAACAGCUUUCAUGGGACCAUUCCUGAGUUUCUUGUUAGCGGGUCUCAGCUGAACAUGAUCGAUCUUUAG